AUGGUGGACGGGAUUUUAAAGGAUUUACUAGAUGAAGAAAAUUUUGGAGGAACACGUAUAGAUCCAAAGAGGAAUAAAGUAAUUAUCAUGGCAUUAAAUGCAACUUCAUUUCGUGAUAUACUUCAAUCAGAUCAGGCAAUUCCGUUACGACCGUAUAUAGCAGUAUUAGCAUGUAGACCAACAAGAAAUUCUUUAUCAACCUUAAAAAACUCAUUAGCAGAAAUAGUAUUAAGAGCACAAACACAUCACCCAGUUGAAUUAGUUAUUUACAUUGAUGUAGAAAAAAAUAAUAUUAUCAUGCUUAGAAUAAAUGGAGAAGGUGUAUACAAUAAAGGUACCAAAGAAGAAUGUACAACGGGUUUUUGGAUAAAAAAUACAAGAGAUCUUACUGUGGAUUAUAUUGUAACUGCAGGACAUUGUAUUGAUCCAGAUGAUACAACUCCCGAACAUAAUACUUUUCUUUAUACACCGUGGGAAACAGUACCAUCAUUCGGGAAAACAAUUGGACCAAUGGUAUUUUAUAAUGAUUCAGUAGAUGACUUUGGCUUAAUUCAAAUAACAAAUAAAGAUCUCAAACCAACAAGGAGUAUAAGGAAUACAGAAUCUGAUAUUUAUAAAGAACUAUUUAUAAAUGAUGUUGAACCUAUUUUGACCUAUUAUGCUCAUUUAUAUGGUGUUUAUAUAGAUAAUAAAGGUUUUGUUAAAGAGAAUUUGAUUGUUACGACUAUGGAUUCUACUAAGAGUGAUAGUGGAGGACCUGUAUUCCAUGCACGAAAUUUACCUCGUGUGAGUCUAAAUGGCAUACACAUAGUAGGUGCUGGACCUAGAAAAUUGGGGCAUCUUACUAUAAUUCUAAAAGUAGAAGAUAUUUUUAGAACAGAUAAAAUAGAGCUUGUUUUAGGUGGAUAA